GAAAAACAAUGUCUGUUUUGGAUGGAUCUUUUCUAUUCUGCUGGUGCUUUAAGAUUUCCCAACAAAUUGUUAUGCCAGACGUGCGAAUAUCGAAAUGUUAAACUGAUUAAAGUUUUUAGUAGUUAUUAUAUAAGUUCAUUCAUAAUUAUAUGUUACAAAUUUAUCGUAGAAACUAGAAACCUAGCUAGAACCUAAAAUGCCUUUGUUUGGAGGGAAAAAGGAUAAGGAUAAGGAGAAGAAAGAAAAAUCAGACAAACAAGACGAAAUAGCUGACGCUUCUAAGGAAGAACGGGUUCGAAAGAUUCAGGAAGAAAAUAAAGCUCAACAAAUGGCUAGACAAUUAGCUUUUAAUGCCCAGUUAGCACAUGGAAGCCCCACUGCCAAAAUAGGAAAUUUUUCAAACGUGAAAGAACUUUAUCAAAGAAUAUCUGAAGGGUUGAAUGUGCCCUUAGAUGAGAUUUUAUUUUGUACCUUAAACAGUCCAAAAGUGGAUAUGGAGAAACUGCUUGGUGGACAGAUCGGUUUGGAAGAUCUUAUUUUUGCGCAUUGCAAAGGAAACUGUAAAAACAUUACCAUAUCUAAAGAUGCUGCUGCAUUAGGUCUCACAAUUACUGAUAACGGAAACGGUUUGGCUUUCAUUAAACGCAUUCGAGACGGUAGCGUGGCAGCAAAGUAUGAGCAGAUGCACGUAGGUGAUCAUAUUGAUUCAAUAAACGGGAAAUUCGUUGUUGGAUCGCGCCAUUUUGAAGUUGCUAAAAUACUAAGGGAGCUGCCGGAAGGAACUGAAUUCACUUUGAAAUUAUAUGAACCAAUGAAAGGAGGUUUUGAUGGUAUUGCUCCAAGGCAAGGCAAAGGUAGCUCGUCUAAAAAUACAGAAAUAGUUGGUUCAGGUCGCGCUACUCUCAGAUUACGUUCGAAAGGUCCUGCUGUCGUGGAAGAGGCUCCGUCGUGGGAAGGGAAAGCAAUAAGUAGAAUAGAUGAUCUCUUGGAAAAGUUUCUUGGUAUCAGAGAUCCGGAGCUAGCAAACACGCUUAUUGACCUUGGUAACAAUUUAGAAAAUCCAAGCGAUUACGCUCUUGCUGUUGAUGGCCAACUUGGAGACUUCGAAUUCCCAGAUGAUUUUAUCUUUGACAUAUGGGGGGCAAUCAAUGACGCCAAAACUGGCCGAAUAAAAUAGAUUUUUUUUAAAUAUAAUAUAGGAAUUUAUACAUUUAAAUUUUUUUAAGGUAUCUUACGAACUUCCCAUAUUUCGUUUUUGGGCACAUCACUUAUGAAAAUACGGAAAGAAUCUUAUUGUAUAAGAUCAUGUGAGUAUUAUAAACAUGAGAAAAUGAUUGCAAACUUUUUUUAAUAAGAUUUUAAUUUAUGAAGCUUGAAACUCCUUUUUUCAAUGAGUAUCCCGAAGGGAGAAAAAUAAGGAAAAUAACCCAAAAUUUGAAACAAAAAUCAAUGCAGCUUCAUUAAAUCGUUCUUUUCAUAUGUAAUCAUUGGUUGGGUUGUGGGAAGAGGCUUGUGUUGACGUCAAAAUUUUUAAGACGUUCUCUGCAGUUUUCACGUUUUGUUUCUUGGUUAGUAGGGCGUUUGGUGAAAAGUAGGGCGUUUAGUUAAAAAGUAGGGCGUUUAGUUAAAAAAUAGGGCUUUUGGUUAAGGAGUAGGGCGUUUACUUGAAAAUUAAGGCGUUUGGCCUCCACGGUGUAUAUUUUUAUUGCAAUUUACUUUGUUUAGUAUUUCAAUUUAUCUCAAUUUAGGAGAGAAGAGAAAACAGAAAGGAUUUUUUUUAUGUUCACAUAUUUUUUUUUUACGAACAAUUUCCUGUGCAUUCUUUUAAAGAAUAGUUUAUUCUUUUAUGUUGUUUUUUGUUUCGAUUUAUUUUCAUGCUUUGUGUCUACCGGUGUUUCCGCUUCAUAUAUAAUGCAAUUUUUUUUUAGACUGUUCUGUUCUCAUGUGUCGCAUAUUAUAUUCUUUCAUUUCAUUUUAUUCCUCAAGUUUAUUCUUCGUUUCGGAUUGUAGGUGUUCUUUGUUGUUCAGGCGAUAUGUAUAGCGCUAAUGGCUAGAUAUUACGGUAACACAAUUUUUAACGCAAAAAAUUUUCUAUUUCUUUUGGAUUUAAGGUGUUUUUGUUAUUUACGCGCUGUGUAUUUGGCGCUAAUGGCUAGAUAGUGCGGUAACACAAAAAUUUUAACGCAAAAAGUUUUAAUUUUAAUUUUUCAUAUUUACUUUUUCUAAGAUUUUUUUUGAAGUAAGUACUAGUUUUCUUCUAUUCUUGGUUUUUAAAGCAUGCUUAACCAUACAUGAGACUUUUGGGUUUAUACAACCUCGUCCCCAGGACUUGUUCAGGCCUUUCAAAUAUAAAAAGCCUAACAAGUCCUGGAGACGAGGGUUAUAUCGCCACAUAAUACUGCAGGAUUACACAUACUUUGAGGCCACAUUCAAAGUUUAUUUAUAGGAACAUACAAUGUUAUUAUUUAAGUGGGAACACAUGCGUCUAUUAAUUUUUAUUCAUUCGUUUGUUUCUUUGUCUGUUCGUUUGUUCAUUUAUUCAUUCACUGAUAUAUUUAUUUCUGUUCAUUCAUUCAUUCAUUCAUUCAAUCAUUCAUUCUUUUCUUACGUACUUUAAUAUAUAAACAAUUUUGACCCUUAAGAUAGCAAGCACUGGGAACAAGGUUUGUUGUGCGCAGGAUAUAUAAAUAGAUUAACUUUAUAUGUACGAUUUCUGUGUAGAAGGAAGAGAAUUAUUAA